GCGGAAGUGUCUUUUACUUCUCUUCUCGCGAUAUAUUUCGCACUUUUACUUUAGGCUUUCUUUGGGUGACAACCUGACAAUUGGUGGCUUUAAUAAUAACUUAUUAUUAAGAGAGUAGAAAUGGGUGUAACACUCACACAGGGAGCAAUUGAAGCCCUGUUCAAAGAGUCACCUGUGAACAACCCUGUGCUACAGCUGCUGAACAUGCGUCAGGUCACUAGUGGCUCGGGCCCUCCCAGGUUCCGCCUCAUGAUGAGUGAUGGUCAGCACUCUUUGUCUUCCUUUCUGCUGGCCACCCAGUUAAACCAUCUACAAGAAGAGAAAAUCCUGGCACCGCACUGUGUGUGUAUGGUGAAGAAGACAGUUACCAGCUUGUUGGCAGAUGGGAGACGUGUGAUAAUUGUGAUGGACAUGAAUGUUUUGCAAUCUGCUGAGGAAACUGAUGGGAAGAUUGGAAACCCCACUCCAUAUAAUACAGAUGUUGUGUCACCGCAACAGAAUUUAGUGUCAAGCACUUCAUUCCCAUCUGCUGCAGAACCUGGACCUUCCAAUACAAACAACAGCACAGGUAAUUCCUAUAGCCGCAGCCGUGGAAGAGGUUUCAUGGGGAAGUAUCCAGUGAAGACGUCUCCCAUGAAGACCUCUUCUAUAAAGACGUCUCCCAUGAAGACCUCCCCAGUGAAGACGUCUCCCAUGAAGACCUCUCCUAUGAAGACGUCUCCCAUGAAGACCGCUUCUAUGAAGACGUCUCCCAUGAAGACCUCUCCUAUGAAGACGUCUCCCAUGAAGACCUCUCCUAUGAAGACGUCUCCCAUGAAGACCUCUCCUAUGAAGUUUACCAGCACUUCUCCAAAUCUGAUUUCUAUUGCUAACCUUAACCCCUACCAAAGCAAGUGGACUAUCAGAGCCAGAGUCACCAGCAAGUCCAAUAUCCGCACUUGGAGUAAUUCUAGAGGAGAGGGCAAGCUCUUCUCUUUUGAGAUAGUGGAUGAAAGUGGAGAAAUCAAGAUCACGGCAUUCAACAAUGAGGUGGACAAGUUCUUCUCUCUAGUGGAGCAGGGCAAGGUGUACUACAUCUCCAAGGCUACGCUGAAGGUGGCCAACAAGCAGUACACUACACUGAAGAAUGACUACGAGAUGACCCUACACACUCAUUCAUCCAUUGUGCCAUGUAAGGACAGUGAAGGGGUUCCCACGGUGCACUGUGACUUUGUGCCCAUCGCAGAUCUGGAAAACAGAGACAAGGACGCCAUCAUUGAUGUGAUUGGAGUGUGUAAGAGUGCGGAGGAUGUAUCUCGUAUCACCACUAAAACCAGCAGAGAAGUAUCCAAGAGAGCCCUCAACCUAAUAGACACAACUGGAAAAGUGGUGACAGUCACACUGUGGGGAGAGGAGGCAGAGAAGUUUGACGGUUCCCGACAGCCCAUAGUCGCCAUCAAAGGAGCGCGCUUGUCUGAUUUUGGGGGCAGGUCUCUCUCGGCUUUGUUUAGCUCCACAAUCAUGUUAAACCCAGACAUUCCAGAGGCCUUUAGACUGAGGGCUUGGUAUGACAAGGAAGGCCAUUCACUUGACAGUCAAUCCCUGACACAAAUGAGGUCUCUGGGCCACGGAGCAGCGAUGAACUGGAAAACACUGAGCGAUGUCAAGAAUGAGCAGAUGGGGCAUGGAGAGAAGGCGGACUAUUUCAGCUGCGUGGCGACGGUGCUGUAUACACGGAAGGAGAACUGUCUGUAUCAGGCCUGUCCAUCUGCAGAUUGCAACAAGAAAGUCACAGACCAGCAGAACGGACUGUAUCGCUGUGAAAAGUGUGACAGAGAGUUCCCCAACUUCAAAUACAGACUUCUACUCUCUGCCAACUUGGCAGACUUUGAGGAUAACCAGUGGGUGACAUGCUUCCAGGAGACAGCAGAGGUCCUGUUAGGUCACAGUUCUGAAACACUGGGACAGCUCAGAGACACAGAUGAACUUGCAUUUGAUGAAGUCUUCCAGAGAGUUAACUUUACAACUCACAUCUUUAAGAACAGGGUCAAACUGGAAACAUACAAUGACGAGAGCCGAGUGAAGGUAACGGUAAUGGAGGUCCAACCUCUGGACCACAGGGAGUACAGCCGGAGACUCCUCAGCAACAUCCGCAAAUUGGCCAGCUGAAGUGUGUCCCGGCCGUCCAAACAACGCGUGGCUUCACCUGUGCAAAGCAUACAGUAUGUGACAUAAGCAGCAGAGAGACGAUUAGUGAUUCAUGUGAAAACCAGACGAAGAAGAAUGGUAUUUAUUUAUGCCAGCUGUUACUUUUAAAUAGAAUUUUAUGGCCUUUUUAAAAACUGUGAUCAUUUUAAGCUGUUACAAUAUGCAUAAAGAUACAGUGUUUAGGAUUAAUGCUUUUACUUAUGUGUCUCUAGUUCCUCAUUCAGUGUUCAGUAAAUCACUGGUCAAUAGGUUUAAAAAAACGUCUUUAUACAAGUGGGUGGGCAAUGCUUUUGUUUUUGUUUGUCUUGUUUUAAUUUUCCAAAAAAAGAGAAAUGUUUGUUUUCUGGAUAUACAAAAUAUCCAACAAAAAAGGAAUUAAACUGCUGAGAUAAGAGUGUUUCACUA